AAUGAAUUAACCCAGACUACUUUGCAUUGACUUGGAUUAGUUUCGGAUUCAAAUCCAAUCUAACCCGACCCUCCCAUCAUAAUCCUAACACCCCCUUUUGUUUCCCCAAAUCUGCCGAAUCCUCUUAUGAAAUCCAUUCCAAUACACUUCAUUUUCUCUGAGUAAUUAACUCAAUUGAGUUUGACUACUGGAGGCUUCUGGUAGUUCUGUAGGUGACUGGUCUGGUUUUUGAUUCCUGGGAGUCUUCUGGUGGCCAGUAAUGGCAGUGGCAGACCCAUCACCAUCUUUAGAGAUUUUAGUUAGAGAACCAGUGGGUUUUGCCCUCUGGACCGGACCACCUUUCACCAAUGCUCAACCCAAUGUCAAGAUUGAUAGAGUCCUAUGCACAAGUGCCAAGUACAGUGAAGACGGGUCUACACUCAUGGCGAUAAAAUCUGAUUCUGUAAUUAGCAUUUUCGAUUGCAAAAGCUCCAAAGAGAGAAGAAAUUUUGAAGCCCUAAACAUUCUUGCGGCCAUCUUGUCCCCUUGUGGUACUUAUCUCCAGACCUUUCAGAAACCCUUGUCACCUCAGGAAAAGAAUGUUACCUUAUGGAAGACGGUGACAGGUGAUGCUGUUUAUCAUCUAUUCCAAAAGAACAUGACAACAGCCACAUGGCCCUCAGUACGAUUUAGCUUUGACGAAGUUGUUGCAUGUCGAAUGGCAACAAAUGAAAUACAAUUUUUUGAUACUGGGGAUUUCUCCAAAGGAAUCAUACAUCGACUUAGAGUCCCUGGAGUAGCUGCAGUAGAGCUUUCUAAGACACCGGGCUCCUAUGUGGCAGCAUUUGUUCCUGAAUCUAAGACCUUUCAGAAACCCUUGUCACCUCAGGAAAAGAAUGUUACCUUAUGGAAGACGGUGACAGGUGAUGCUGUUUAUCAUCUAUUCCAAAAGAACAUGACAACAGCCACAUGGCCCUCAGUACGAUUUAGCUUUGACGAAGUUGUUGCAUGUCGAAUGGCAACAAAUGAAAUACAAUUUUUUGAUACUGGGGAUUUCUCCAAAGGAAUCAUACAUCGACUUAGAGUCCCUGGAGUAGCUGCAGUAGAGCUUUCUAAGACACCGGGCUCCUAUGUGGCAGCAUUUGUUCCUGAAUCUAAGGUUUGUAGUCCUCAACUCUGA